UAUACUAAAUGCCUGUCAAAACUGUUUCGCGAAAUAAGCGACAAAUUCAUUUUUUUGCAAUUGGAAAUUGGUUUUUCGCUGAAAGUAUUCGCUUAAAAACUGGGACAAACCCGAAUUUAACUUCUUAGGAUUUUUGGCCAAGGUUUUAAGUGGUUUUCGUCAGCGGCAAAAAGCAGAGUCACGGGGGAACGAAAAAUUCAGCCGGCAGACGCUUUUUUGUUGGGCGAAAUUUGCAGACGUGAGCGCCCGCGAUGUCCAACGUAGAGAUCUACGACUCCUCCAAUUCCCAGUUGAGCAGCGACGAAUAUAGCCACGGGGAAGAGGAAUACGACGCCUUGAUGGACGCGGCGGUUAGCAAGCAGCGUCCCCAGAAGACCAAACUGAAAGAUUCCGGAUCGGAUAAACCCGGAAAUGGAACAGCAGAUCCUCCGGUUUCGUCAGACAAGGAUGAAAUGCCAGAGAUCGCACCGGAACCGCCUUCCACUCGGGCCGAAACUCUUCGUCGGAUCCGGCAAUUGCAAUUGCAGCGGCGCCGCUGGCCCAAUCUUUACUUCAAGCGCCGUAGCAUGCGUUGGCUGCGACCCAAUAAAAUAAAUUACAAUACCUAUUUUGAGGGUCUGAUGGAUUUGCUGCCCAAACGAAGGAACAGAUUGCAGCAAGAGGCUCGCUAUUCCAGGCGGCGUAGGAGCUACGACAGCAGGAGCAUCAGUCGUAGCCGUAGCCACAGCCGUAGUCGUAGUCGUAGUCGCAGUCGCAGUCGCAGUCGGAGCUUCUCCAGUAGGCGCAGUGUCAGUCGUUCGCCGGAACUCAUUUGUCUAGACGACACGGAAAACGAGGAAUCCCCUGAGAAACCAGAGAUAAAUCAGCGGUCAAGGGUUACGCCAACCAAGGAAAAUAUACCUAGGAUUGCGGCACCGCUUCAAAUAAACUACGAUAUGCCGGAGAAUCUGAAAGCCAACCCACCUGCUAGCAACGAAAACGGUGCCUCUGUCCUCGAAGAGUUCUUAAAGAAAAAGGAGCCACAGCAGUCGGGUUACGACUUGGACAAGCUCUCUGCCAGCCUCGAGUUGGAGCAGGCACUUCAGGAUCAGACGUUGGUUCAGCAGGAUGAGCAAGAGGUUGCCGAGUCCCUAGUUGUUAAUGCCACUCUCAAGAGACGCCGGUCAGUGACACCGCCUACAAGUACCGAAAAGUGUCCCAUUCCCGAUGUCGUGGAGAAUCUGGAUGAAGAUGAUGAUACCAUUGAGUUCUUAACGGAGCAGGAACUCAAACCAGAAGAGAUGGAUCCACCAUUAAAUCUCCAAACGUCUGUCACUCCAGCUGCUAAUCCCCUACAAAAUCAACCUAAUCUUAAACUUAGCACACCGUACUCUUUGGCACUUUCGUCUGCCGCCAAGCAGAAUGACAAUUUGGCCAACGUCUCCUACAGCUUAAAUACUCCUUCACCGACAGCAACUCCAAUGGAGAUAUCCUAUUCCAACGAGAAGCUGCCAAAUAACAUAAAGCUCAAUAUGCAGAACUUUACAAAUCAGCAGACACCUUUACCCCAAUUGGCUACAUCGUAUGCAGCUAUAUCCCAGGUCGCUGCUUCCGCACAGAGGUUUCCAGCUCAGGUUGCUCCAUUAAAGGCAGUUCCACCUCUGAAAGAUCUAGUACAGACGUCUCCAGCGCGUCAGACUCCGUUACAACAAAUGGCUCCACCAAGAUCAGCUCCACCACAACAGAUGGCUCCACCAAAAUCAGCGCCACCACAACAAAUGGCUCAACCAAAAUCAGCGCCACCACAACAGAUGGCUCCACCAAAAGCAGGUCCUUCACAGCAGAUAGCUCCUCCACAUCAGAUAGCUCCUCCGCAUCAGCUAGCUCCACCUCCGCAGAACCUUGCGCCUCCUCAGCAGCUAGCUCCUCCACCGCAGCUAGUUCCUCCGCUGCAGCUAGUUCCUUCGCAGCAGCUAGAUCCCUCAAGAUCAGCUUCAUUACAGCAGAUGACACUACCAAGAUCAGUUGCACCACAGCAGAUAGCACUACAAAGAUCAGGUGCACUUCAACAGUUGGCCAGUUCCCCAAGGGAAGUUCCGCCUCAGCAGUUGGCCUCACCAAGGGAAACUCAGACACCACAACCUCAAAUGCCGUAUCAAGUGCAACCCCACUUGCCUCCACCAAUUCCCCCAAGUUUUGUGGUACCCCAGCAGCCCCAACCACGUCGCUCGGAGACAGUUUCAACUCAGACAAAGGUGCCGCAAUCACCGCAGCCAUCUUCUUCGAGCACCCGCCAAAAGACCAACAUUGAUCUCAAUAACAGUAAUGCCAACUUCCAUUAUCGCAUUAAAGAACUUUUCGAAGAAAUAGACACCAUCAUGACGGAGAGGGUAAACUCCGUUCGCCCAGAACCGAAAGCAUUCUCAGAAGAGCGGGAGAGUAUCACUGCGGAUCUGAAGGUACUAGACAAUUUAAUAUCCCAGAAAGAGGAGGAAUAUAAUCGCCUGCUCCACCUUCGUUGCGUGAAAGAGGAGCUGCGUGCACGAUUGGAACGCUCGGAACGAAUGUCAAUCAUUAAGGAAAUGCUGCCAGCCCUCCUCAACAAGAGCUGCAGCACUGAAGAACUGCUAGAGAUGCAAACAAUGCUCGUUGACGAGCAGCAAUCGCCGAUGGGCUCCAAGUACGGUCUGUCGGCGGUGGAGUUAUGUCUGAAUCACGCAGAACUCAACCAGAAAAACAUCCGUUUGCUGCGCGGAGCAAUGGGCUUGAGGGAACAAGCACCGCCUGUAUCUUUUCGUAAUUUUGAGGAGGAGCGCCAGGAAUUCAGAAGAAAUUCCUUGCCUGCACGUCAGCCACCGCCAGAAUAUCAGCGAGAACUUAAUACAGAUAAAGCUCCACUUGCUAAGCGGCCAAAACUAUUUCACUCGCAAGACAGAUACCACCAAGAGAUGGUCAACUCCACCCCAAAUUUGGCCGCCACUUCCUCCUCUUCCUACAACAAAUUUAUGGGUUCGGGAAAGCCUUUAAAUAACCUUUCCCUGGACAAUCACUUUGACAAUGAAUCACUGCUCAAACCGCUGUUUAACAGCAGUCCCAUGGUCUCUCAGCGUCAACAACAAUACCAGGCAUCACAUUCCGUCUACCGCAAAGAUGAAGAAUUGGCUGAUAUUAAACGCAAGAUAGACAAGAUUAAGACGACAGGCGAUAAGAAGAUACCCAAGUCCGCUGCUGCAUCUAACGGCAAGGACCAUAAACGCUGCCACGAAUGCAAGCGGCGUAAAGCCACCUACUUGUGCACCGGCUGCCAGAGUCAAUGGUACUGCAGUCGUGAAUGCCAGCUGCGUGCAUGGGACUCACAUUAUCAAACCUGUGCUAUUUAGGUGGAUUGCCCUUAGGAUAUCAACAUUCUAUGUCUAUAAACUAUGACUAUACUAUAGCGUAUCGCAUCGCAUAUACCCUAAUCCAUUUACUCAGCCGCGUAAGUCAUUUAAGGAUACAGGACAUUGACGAACAAUUCAAAAUUCAUUAAAUAAAUUUUUGUACUUGUACUCAAUCACCGCUCAUCCUACAAAUAAAUCAAAUACUUCAUGAUUACUCUGUACAACUUAUUAUAUUAUGGAAAAAAUUCAGAUCGGAAUUAUCGUGAAACUUAAAUUAAUAAACUCUUUUUGCAAUUUA